AGCACUUGUGAGAAGACUAGCUGACACAAAGAAACCCGAAAGAACAGGAACCACUUCCUCCAUACUACACCAUUGUACAAUACACGAGCCUAUAUAUCCCAAAGCAAAGCCAAGCCAGAAUCCUCCGGUACCACUAUAUAAGAGCACGAACAUACCCCGCACCAAAAGGACCAGGUGAGGGCUCGCUCGCCGGUAUAGCGUGCACAUCAUCCAGCCCUUCCAGUCGUAGCUGGCUGCCUUAUGAGCUUGUAGCUCUCGCCAGCUCGGCGCAGCGCGGCCGACCCGGAGCAAGAGUGAGAUCAAGGAGAUAGAUAGAGAGGUUGACUGGUGUGGAUCAGUUGAGCAGCAGUCAUGGAGACCAUCCGGUGCUGCAUCGCGUGCAUCCUGCCGUGCGGCGCCCUGGACGUGGUGCGGAUCGUGCACUCCAACGGCCGGGUGGAGGAGAUCAGCGAGCCCGUGCUGGCCGGCGAGAUCAUGAAGGCGUACCCGAAGCACGUGCUCCGGAAGCCGCCGUCCACCUGCCCCGCCGACGGCGGCGGCGGCAUCGUGGUCCAGAAGCCCGUGAUUCUGCCGCCCAAUGCCGAGCUGCAGAAGGGCAAGAUCUACUUCCUCAUGCCGGUGAUGACCCCGGCGCCGGAGAAAGCAGCUGGGAAGCCGAAGACUCCCGCGCCAGCGCCCGUGCCCGCGCAAGCGGCGAGGAGGCGGCGAAGGAGGAAAGAGUCCUCCGGCGGCGAGGCUCCCGGCCGCAGCAAGACGCCGGCUUCAUCGGCGUCCCAGUCCCAGAGCGCGGAGGGCGAGAAGGAGCGGCUGCUGGCGAACGAGCGGUACCUGUCGGAGAUCAUGAAGGAGAAGGCGUCGACGGCCAGGGACCGGCGGCGCGGGCGCGUGGCCGUGUGGCGGCCGCACCUGGAGAGCAUCACCGAGGAUGACUUGUAAUCAAGCAAGGUGUUUGUUGUCCAGACCUUUUUUCUUUCUUCUUCUUCUUCGUUCGUUUCUCUAGCUUUUUUACUUCCUCUUCUGUUAAUUCCUCCUGCUUGCGCCGCGGCCACUCUGUUUUUGCCCAUCUUUUCCCCGGCCCGUCUCCUCUAGAGCAUCAUCCUCUCACUCACCCCUGCUCCCUUUACAGGGUGAAAUGAUGCCUUUGUGAAGAAAAAGAUACAAUUUUUUUUUGCUGCUACUAUGCACCUUUCUCUUUA